AUGGAUGACAUAUUUGGUGCAGGAAAUAGAGAAAGAACAUCGGGACUAGAAGAUGUGUCAACGGAAGUGGUUGAUGAAACAGGUGAGACUAUUGUUGAUGAUAUUAGUGCUGAGGAUGGAGAAAAUAUUGAAAAUAUUAUAAAUAUUGAUAGUAUGGAGGAUAUUCUUAGUAUGCACCAGAAAAGACUAAGUCCCCAUGACAUAAGAAAAAUUCAAUUUUCAAGUCUGGACAUGGCUUAUGUGUUCUACAACCAGUAUGCUAAAAUGAACGGGUUUGCAGUUUGCAAGAGCAAGAUCCUUCGAAGCAAGAAAGGAGAAAUAGUCUCGCCGCCGUCACUGCCACUUGAAGGACUAGAAGACGUGUCAACGGAAGUGGUUGAUGAAACAGGUGAGACUAUUGUUGAUGAUAUUAGUGCUGAGGAUGGAGAAAAUAUUGAAAAUAUUAUAAAUAUUGAUAGUAUGGAGGAUAUUCUUAGUAUGUACCAGAAAAGACUAAGUCCCCAUGACACAAGAAAAAUUCAAUUUUCAAGUCUGGACAUGGCUUAUGUGUUCUACAACCAGUAUGCUAAAAUGAACGGGUUUGCACACAACCAUGAUCUUUUAGAUGAAGAGUAUCAUGGAAUGCUUGCUUCACAUCAAAAAAUGGAAGAUUCAGAUAUAAUGCAGAUGAACGACAUGUUGAAGGUCGGUAUAAGACCGUCUCAAUUCUAUGGUUCUUAUGCCAACCAAUCAAGAGGGUCUGGAAAAAUAGGGUUUCAUAGGAAAGAUAUAUAUAAUCAGAUAGGAAAGCAACGCCUUUUGCAACGAUGUGAAGGUAAAAAUGUGUUACACUAUCUACAUGGACUGGCAUCAGAUGACCCGAUGAUGUUUUAUCGCCACACUGUUGAUGGAGAAGAUAGGCUUGACAACCUUUUUAGGUUCGAUGGUAUAAGCCAAAUGAAUUUCAAAGUUUUUGGUGAUGUUUUGGCAUUUGAUGCAACAUAUGGGACGAAUAAAUAUCGUUGCCCCUUAGUGGUGUUUUUUGGAGUUAAUAACCAUAACCAUAAUAUUAUAUUUGGCGGUGCUAUUGUUGCAAAUGAAAAAGAAGAAACAUAUGUGUGGGUUCUUGAACAGAUUUUGGAAGCAAUGUCAGGUAAGUCGCCUAUAUCUGUCAUUACUGAUGGCGAUCUUGCAAUGAAGAAAGCUAUAAAAAAGGAGUUUCUGAAUGCUUAUCAUUGGUUGUGUGCUUGGCAUCUAAUUUGCAAUGCAAUGUCUAACAUUGGAGUUCCUGAAUUUGUUAGUUAG